CUUUGACUUUCAUACCAACCGCAACUCCCCUCACCAGAUCAUGCCUUCACGCCCCAAGACCUCCCUCACCGACCCCGAAGUGUUGACCCUCUCCUCACUGCCCUCCGAACUCGUCGCCCUCAUCUACUCCUUUUAUCUCGCUCAAAACCCCAUCGAGAACAGGAGCCAUUUCCUGAACCUCAUCACGCUUUCUAAGGAAAUCUAUUCCGAGAAUACUUGGAGGCUGUAUGAAGUCGUCGAGCUCGAUGAACAGAACUGCAAGGCGUUCUUCAAAGGGGUAUGGGGCCCGGGUGAUUUCCUCGAGAAGGCCACGCACUCGCAAUCCCCAAGCGUGAAGACGGACGACAAAAACGAUUGGUCAGAGACUCCAAGAGACCAAAUAUAGCGCUUUACCCCUCAAAGGCGACCUCUGGAACGACCGACUUACCUCUCGUCCGGCUCUAAUGCCCCGUACGCCACCUACGAGUACGAGUCCCACGUUCCCUUCCACCUUGACCCCUGUAUUCGAAAAGUUCUCCUCAUACGACAGUGCCGCAGGCUCUAUAUCGAUAGCUGGCAGGCUUUCGAGGAGCUGCAGAUACGCAACUUUGAGGUCGAGGAAGAAGCCAUUGUUUGGCGUGAUGGCAGAGUAUCUAAGGACUGGGCGAUAGAGCCGUUGUUCUUCUCCGUCACCCACCUUUCUUUUGGCGCACCAUUCAUGACCAGCUACCAAACAAAUAAGGCUGCAAUUCGGAACUGGCUGGGACAUUCCGAAAUUUUCGGCUUGUCACUCAAGCACAUCUGUCUGGCCCUUUGCGACGACUUUUACAAUGCAGACCGCUCGGUUGAGUACUUUGAGGAUGCUUUUGAGCAUACAAGAGAGCGUAUGACGAAACUGCUCCAAGAAGACCUUUCGUUCGCGCUCUGGUCGACGACAGAUCAAAAGACGUCCCUGACAUUACACAACGCGAGACCCGAGGCUUUCGAACCUGGACUAGCAGAUACGAUGAUAUACGAGAUGCCUAGAAAGACGGAUGCUGGUGUGGAUGAGUGGAAGAAGCAGAUCAUGAUGACAAAAGGGGAGAUGGGAAGCCACAUGUCGGUGUUGGGAUACAAGCUACGGCAAGGCGAAGCGGGAGCAGACAGCUGGAAGCCCCAAUUUCAGCCUUGGAAACUACGCUUCACCAAUAUGGCGCCCCUUCCAGCCGACGUCGAUAUCCCUCAGCUCUUCUUGAACGAUUGAUCCUAUAGCCGAGAUGGCCCAUACGAACAAUUCGACCAGGUGUUCAGAAAGUGGUGGGAAGAGGUCGUCAGUUUUGAGGGACCGACUAAAUGCGAGUGUUGUGAUAUCUUCAAGAAGGGACAUCCAAAGUCUCCUGCCAGAUCGGCGUGAUGUCUUUGGUGCAAGAAUGGUACUUUCCAUGGGAAGACAAGGCUCUACACCUAAGGUAUAUCCGCCAGCGUGGCCUCCUUCACCGUCAUCUCCUCUGUGGUCCUUUCCGACGUCACAGCGUUCGUCUCGCUCGCCAUUUCGUUCGCAGUCCCUCCAUCUCCGUCCUCGGCAGUGUCUUGAAUGGCACGGUAGUUGUGCGAUUCGAUGGCUAGCCAUUGAGGCCCAUUGGACGGCGCGUCGCUUCUUGCUCGAGGGGGCUAUGAUCGCGGACGUGAGAACGAAACCAUGCAGCAUGCGUAUGUCGAAGUCUCCGAAGGGAGUAUCAUAGUCACAUGAAGGCU